CUAUUACUACAUACAACAGUCAUAGAGGAUAAACUUGUUGAUGUUGAGUUGGCAGUUUGGCUGUAGCGUGAAUUGCUUUUGCCUUCUUAUCUGGUUUCUUUUUAGACCUGACUAAACCCGCGCUGUAAACAGCGAAUGAAGCGACGCGUAUUAAGCGUAUGAACACACAGUUAAAAGCCACCGGUUUGCAAAUUGGCUCGUUUAUGCGUUUCGCCACGCAGCCGUGCAGCCGCAAUCUGAGGGAUCGCCUCAGUCCUUAUAAGUCAGCAAGCUGAUACAUCUCGGGCUUUAUUCGCAUCAACUUUUAGCUGUUUGUAUAUUUUGAUAUUCAUCAAACGGGCUGGAGAGACGCAUGUGGCCGUUGUCAUGACACUGAGGAGAGUAAACGUGGUCAUCCUUGUUCUGCUGGCUGUAGCCUUCCUCAUCAUAGUUCAACGAAAUCUCCUCAACCUCGGUGACUUUUUACACAAGGAAAACCGAGAUGCAGGGGGGAUUCUUCCCUUUGAGUCCGAGCUGUCUCCAGACUUCAGACCUGAAUCGGUUCGGAAGGGAGAGGAAAUCCCUGUCGUCAUCACUGCUACUGGGGAGAGACUUGGUGCUGUGGUUGCUGCCAUAAACAGUGUCUACCAGAACAGUAAAGCCAAUGUUGUCUUCACCAUUGUGACCUUGAAUGACACAGUGGACCACCUAAAAGAGUGGUUGAGUAAGACAAAGCUAAAAACUGUCAAAUACAAGAUAGUUAUUUUCAAGCCUGAGCUCCUCAGUGGGAAGAUAUCUAAAGAUCCUCAGACACUGGAGGUUGUAAAACCGUUGACUUUUGCCAGAUUUUAUCUGCCUGCUUACAUACCGGAGGCAGAGAAAGCCAUCUAUUUGGAUGACGAUAUCAUUGUACAAGGGGACAUUCAAGAGCUCUAUGAAACCAACCUCAAACCAGGACACGCAGCUGCCUUCUCAGAUGACUGUGAUUCAGCUACUGCCAAGGGCAUCAUUCGAGGGGCUGGAAAUCAGAAUAACUAUAUAGGUUUCCUGGACUUCAAGAAGGCGGCUAUCAAGAAGCUGGGAAUGAGGGCCAACACAUGCUCCUUCAACCCCGGUGUCAUCAUCGCCAACCUGACUGAGUGGAAGAUCCAGAACAUCACCGGGCGGCUGGAGCACUGGAUGGAGCUUAACACACAGGAGGAUCUGUACAGUAAAACACUGGCAGAGAGUAUCACUACUCCUCCUCUCCUCAUUGUUUUCUACAAACGUCACUCCAACAUCGACCCCAUGUGGCACGUCAGGCACCUUGGCAAUACAGGUGCUGGAAACCGCUACUCCCCACAGUUUGUAAAAGCUGCCAAACUCCUCCACUGGAAUGGACACUAUAAGCCCUGGGGGAGGACAUCCUCUUUUUCUGAUGUGUGGGACAAGUGGUUCAUUCCAGACCCCACAGGAAAAUUUCAUCCUGUGCGAAGACACGCAGGGGACAACUAGACUGAAAAAUGUGCUUCAGGAACCUUCAGACCAACCAAACCAGCCCUGACCCAGCAGGACCUCGUCGUGUGAUAUCUCAGGAACAAAGUAAGGCUUCUUCACUAGCCAGCCCUGUGUUUGACAUCUGCUAUAUUAUCCUCUGAACAUGCAAACCUGUGUACUCUCAUUUUCCUUUGAACACACAGAAUUUUUCUAUACCCAGUGAAUCAUAUUGUUGCCCUUGAGUGCCGUUGAGAUUGCUUUGACUCACAUUUCUCAGAAUAUUCCGAUUAACUAUUGAAACUGUUUUGCUGAAGAGGUAUAGACUUUAUUUUCCUCCCUAUAUGAGCAGUGUUUUGUCCUGAACAUCAUUGAAGAGGUGUGGCAUCUGAACACUAUGACCUUAAUAGAAAUGUAUGCGUCAGUCCCAGUCAGCAGUAAUGAGAUACUUUGUGACAACAUGCCAAGAUCACCAUGUACAACUUAAGCCAUCAUUGCCAAAGUCAUUGUGACUUGAGUGGGUAUGUUUACAUGCAGCUAUUUAAUGACCAAUUUGCUUUAUUUUAAUACUAAAUUGUUUUGGAGUUACCUCAGAUAUAAUUGUGUUGCACAGUUGGCCCCACAGAUUAUAACUGCUUCAAAAAGGUGCCCAUCAGGGUUAUCAGCUCAGUCUGAAUUGUAAUUAUAUUAACCACGCAGACGCUAUUAGAUGUUACCUCAAUUCAGUACUUCCUGUGGAAAAGUGGUGAAUUUUAUUGUUCUUAAUUGCACCUGUUUAUUUAUCAGACCCUAGUUUUAACACCUUUUAACAGUCUGCGCUCAGUUCAGCAUUUCCAUCAAAAUUAGACAAAAAUGCCAUUUAAGUCUAUUCCCUCUAAAAACCCACUACUCUGUAUGACACCCACAAAUAUAAAGUAUUAUAGUAAGUAAUCCAAUACAACUCGAGUUAAUCUCAGUCAGGUUAAGGAUGCUCCAACGAUCAGUAAGUUUGCCAUAAAUGAACAGUAAUUCAGUACAGUACUGCCUCUCCUGCUGUUAGUGUGGCUGACUCUAGAGUUUAUACGCAGACCACUACGCAAACUGCACCUCAGCAGAAACUGAAGAACGUAAUGUUUGCACAAAUUUUCACACUUCACCACGUCAUUGUCAGGAUUUUUAUACGUGACGAAAUGCAUUCACCUUGUUGGUGUAAAUACUUUUGUACAGUACAUGAAAUAAAACUUACAUUUUAAUCAUU